AUGUUCAAAGAUGGCAUGUACCCUGAAUGCACCAGAUGCAUAGAAGAAGCUGCAAGGAAGAAGAGUGAUGGACAGAGAUGUCGACAGCGAACAGGUGUACUUCGCCACCAAAUAGUGUAUGUUGAGGACAGCCCAGAAGAGGACCCUCUUGCUGAAGAGAAAGGUGUUUUAUUGGAUCGAGAUGCUGCUGCCUCACCACGAGUGUUCCUGAUACUGCUGGCAUUGUCUGGAAUCCAGUCCUUUGUGCGAAAGAUGAGCAGCUCCAUGUGUCGAUCAACAGACUUCCAACCUCCAUGCCCUGAUGGCAUUCGCCAUUAUAAUUAUCUUGACUUGCUCAAACUCAGAGCCUCAGAUGCGCUAGUCAUAUAUGUCAAUUUCAAGCAACCCCCUCGUAAGUUGAUGGGCUGCAUUGAUGUUUGGCUCCAGGAAGAUGUCAAGUCCUGGUCAGAAUGGAUCACCUGGGAGCUUAGGAGAAGGCAUGUUAUUUAG